UGUGCAUUCAGAUUGAAAAACUAUACACACCCUCAGUGUGAAGCUAUACCAUCAGCCGCAUAAAGAGACGUGAAAGGAUGACUCUGUAUGAUGGGAUCUCCCCGUUCUACGCUUCACCGAGGGUUUCUGCAGGAUUCAAUACCAUCGAAAUUGUGAUCAUUCUUAUAUUUUUAAUUUUCUUUGUGGCCUUCCUUAUUGUACUCGCAGGCAUCCGAGGAUCAGAGCGACUGACCUGGUUAUUGCAGAUUUGUCUAAGUCUCUUUAUUGGUGCUGUUAUUGUUGUGGUUAAUUUUACCAAUAACUGGGAAAGUGGUUAUGCCAGAGUAAGCACAAACUACAAGUCCUUCAACAAGGAGAAAGUAGAUGCUGAAGUUGGGCUGCAUAUUGGACUUGCUGGAAUCAAUGUAACUCUAAGAGGAAUCCCUGAGAAUCAGCUGAAUGAAACCAUAAACUACAACGAAGAAUUUCUUUGGCAGCUUGGAUCGAGCUAUGAAGGGCAGUAUCAAGAUGGACUCGAGAGGGGGCUCCCAAACCCAAUUUUAUAUCUAGCAGAAAAAUUUACUCCAAGCAGCCCUUGUGGUGUUCAUUUACAGUACAGAGUCUGUAGCUACUAUGCAUCAGCCACCAUGUGGGUGGCUCUGUGUGGUUGGCUCUUAUCCAACAUCCUUCUGAAGAUGCAGGUCAUUUUAACCGGGGCAUACAUGCUACUGGUAACGGGCUGUUUCAUGAUCUUCUCAUUGAUCUCAUUUGGUUCGACGAGAAAUGUUGUUCUCUGCCAAAUUCAGUUUGAUCAAGUGAAGUUAGAGACCGCUCUGGGUCCAUCUUUUUGGUUAGCAUUAGUAGCAGGUUUACUGUGUUUCAUUAUUGGAAUCACUAUCAUUGUUCUGAAUUUUGUGGCUCCGACAAUACUGAGAAGAUUGUUUCUGCUGAAUGGAGAUAAUGAUGAAGAUGACUUCAUAAAGGAAGAUCACAGUGGUAAAGUUGACAAAUCUGUGUCCAAAGAAGCUGUACCGCAACAAAAUGUGAACUUUGUUGUUUAAACCAGGAGAAAAAAUACCUCACUGCAACUGAAGCCUACAAUGAGAUCUUUCAAAUCUAUUCCUUCUCACAACGGAGUCUCGCUCUUAUAUCAAUUUAUAUAUCUCAUCUUUCACAACAUCUUGUACCUGUUCCCCUCACUCCACCCCACACAAUACAAUGUCUAAGCAACAAUCAACUCAGGAGGUCCUUACAAAACUCCAAACUGGAAUUAUUCUGGAGAAAAUCUGUGUGGAUCCUAACGAUACAAAAUCCAUUUUAGGGUCGUCAACGAAUAGUUGGAUAUGAGUUUUGAAUUAGAGGGCAAACUGAAAAAAAUUUUUGAAUACAAAAUAAAAAUCACACGUAGAU